UUUCUGCAAGCUUUUGUACCAUUGGUAUCAAAUUACAGCAAAUUCAGCCGCCUGAAAAUUUUUCUAUUUGUAAAGGUUGAAUUAAUUUGGAAAUGCCAUGAAUAGAUCUAAAUCUCAGGCAGUGAUAACAUAAAAGGCAGGGCUUAUAGUUGAAGCAGAGAGUGGAAGUGUGUUGUUUGUUUGAGGCAAAGUGUAUGGAAAAGUUGUUGAAGGAAUCAGGAAGUUCACUCUUGGUACAAUCAGUUCAAGAGUUGUCUAAAGAGAGUGUAUCUAAUGUUCCACAAAGAUACUUUCAGCCUCAACAUCAACAACAAACAGUGCUCAUCUCUCAACAAUCUGAUGCCACCCUUCAGAUUCCAGUCAUUGACAUCCAGAAAUUGCUUUCUCAAGAAUCUGGAAGUUCGGAAUUGAUUAGGCUUCACCUUGCUUGCAAAGAAUGGGGAUUCUUCCAGAUUAUAAACCAUGGCGUGAGCUCUUCUUUGGUGGAUGAAAUAAAGUUGGAGAUUAAGGAAUUUUUCAACCUUCCAAUAUCAGANAAGAAAAAGUUUUGGCAGAGUUCAGANACUAUGGAGGGUUUUGGGCAAUUAUUUGUUGUGAGUGAAGAUCAAAAUCUUGAUUGGAAUGAUAUGUUCUAUAUGAUCACCCUUCCUACCAAAUCCAGAGUGCCCCACUUAUUUCCACAACUCUAUCUCCCUUUCAGAGACACUCUAGAACUAUACUCACAGAAAAUGAAAGAUCUGGCCAUGAUCAUAAUUGGGCAAAUGGGAAAAGCUUUGGAGAUAGAAGAAAGGGAAAUGAGAGAAUUAUUUGAAGAUGGGAUACAAAUGAUGAGGAUGCAUCGAGCAACAGUGAAUUCUGAGAAGGAAAGACUUUCAUUUGCAACAUUCUAUAGCCCUAGAGAAGAUGCUGUCAUAGGUCCUUCACCACGUUUGAUAACUGAUCAAAUACCACCACAGUUCAAGAGUAUCAGAGUUAAUCAGUAUUUUAAGGACUUCUUUGCUCGAAAACUUGAAGGAAAGUCCAACAGAGAUAACAUGAAAAUAGAGCAUCCUAAUUGA